GCGGCUGUGUAAUACAUGCAUACAAAUGCAGGCUGGUUGUAGAAAUGAACACCAAAUGAGUCCCUCACUAAAUGAACCGGGGAUUUGGAGCUAAGUGUUAUUUUAAUACUGAUUGGGACAUAUCUACAUGUCUAUAUAUGUAAUUUUUUAUUGGUGUCUUCACAAAAAAUGCAGGCACCUGUAUUUUAAGGUUCUGGCCAAUCUGGAAGUUUAUACACAGAGUUGGCCAAAAGGUGAUACUAAAAAUUGGGAGUUUCCUAUUCUAGGUCUUGUGAUUAGAUUGCUACAUACUAUGCAUAUUUUCUACAGAAAAUAAGAAAAAUGUGAAUAUUGGAUAGUUCUGUGAGUCUGAAAACUGGUAUUUCACUUUCUAGGAAAGAUUUGGUAGAGCUAAUUUUUUGGUAUCUAGAAUACAAAGAAUCUGUACUUACAGUUGAUUAUGUAUAAAUCAGAAAAUCACUGGUCUUGAAAAUAGCACAGUAUUACUUAUACUGGUCUUCCUGAUAGAACAUCUUAUUAGGAAACAUGUAGUUGUUGAGCCUGAGUACACACGGGAAUGUAAUAAAUGAUUUCUAAACAUGGUUUUAAAUUCAAGUGACCCAGUCGGUGAAAGGCAGUUGUGGAAGUGUUGCUUUUAAAGAGAAAGGCAGUAUAUCCAACUCAGAGCUGUGCUAGUCUGUUAUCGCAGCAGCCCCAGAUCUUCUCCCCUGCUUUAUCAGUCCUGGCACAGUUUACUGCGGCCGUGCUGAGCCUUGCGUAAAGCUUGCUUUUUUAUGUUGUUGGGGCAAGCUACUAUCACACACAAAAAAAGCUCUUUACAUAAAGCAGCACUUUGAUAAAAGCUGCUACGCAUGUGAACAAAGCAAGCCUAGGUGUGGUGGGAAUACUGAAGAGAGACAAUGUUGGAACUCAUUAUUCUGAGCCUUCAUUUCUUCAUGUGUUUCCUCAUCUCUGUUGUGAUCUGGCGUGGAUCUAAGGACAUAGAUUUGCACAGCUCGAGCAAAGGAACAGUUGAAAUGGAGCCUGAUGCUAUAUAUGUUGGUAAAGAAGAUGACAUAAAAAAGUCCCAAAGAAUAACCACGAAGGUCAAUGACAGAGAAGUAGUCAUUUUCUACCAUGAAGGGAAAUUUUAUGCUAUGGAUGCUCACUGCUACCAUGCAGGAGGUGCUUUACAUCUUGGAGAAAUAGAGGAUAUCAAUGGUCAACCAUGUAUUAUUUGUCCUUGGCAUAAGUAUAAAAUUACUUUGGAAACAGGAGAAGGAUUAUAUCAAGCCAUAAACCCUAUGGAACCAUCACCAACACCACAGUGGCAAUCAAAAGGAGUGAAACAAAGGAUUCAUAAAGUUACCAUAGACAAUGGAAAUGUUUAUGUGAGUCCUCCAGAUUUGUCUGUAAGAUUUGACUCAGACUAUUAUGCUGACAAGUACAAAAAUAAUGGUGAUUUCACUAUGGAAAAAUAAAGCAAAUUGCAAAUAGCAGAAGUGGCUGCCAUAAAGUAGAAUCCUGGUGAAUGUCCCUUUGAAGAAUCAUUGUCAUCAAAUAAAAAAUUUAACAUGGCUGUAAAGAUUGUUUCCAGAUGAAAUUCUAAUGGUAAGGUUAUGUUAAAGCAUUGAAUAAUGUAGAAAUGAAAAGAUAAAAAUAGAAGCUCCUAUAUUCUCAGAACUGACUGACCUUGUGCCAGGGAAAUUUUGCUCUUGCCUUUCAAAAAGAUGUAUGUACAGCAGACUGCUUCAUAAUACUUGACAUUUUAGAAAUCUAGAAUUUGCUAGAAUUCUUUUAAUUUUCAGGAGGCAGAGUAGUAUAGAAUAUUACUGCUUAUAAAACACAUUGAAAAGUUUAAGUUAAAUAUAUGGUAUAAAGGUUAUGUAUGUGUAUAUAUAUGUAUAUAUGUUUAACAGUUUAUACUUAUAAUGCUUUCUGUAUAAGUGACAUUGAAUUUUCAAACUUUUUAGAUAUGCAAGUAAUCUCUGAUCUUUAUUAAUCUAAAGACUCAGAUUUUCACAUAGAAAAGUACAAUAUGUGAACAUAUUUUACUGUGCUUCUAUAUGCCUAUUUGCAUAUCACUACUUUGGUUCCGUAGAAGUACUUGUUUUCUUCUUCCUCACUGAACUCCUUUUUGUAGUACAUCAUAUAAUGUCACCAAUACUUAUCAUACAUAAUUCAUUCUUCCUGAUUCUAUUGCUGAGUAAGAAAGAAGCUGUCGGUUUUUUAAAACUUAUCUUAAACAUGUUCUUAUGCAUUCAUUUUUUAAAAAUAUGCUUUCUCUUUAGAUCUAAAGUUUGGUCUCUCUGUGUGAAUUCACUGCAUAAUAUCAGAUAAUAUCAGAUCUGCCCUGAUAAGCCUGCUCCCAGGACAGAGAAAGUUUUCCUCUAUGUUGUCUUGCAUGAAAGGUGGGUUGUGGGCUGAGACGUGGUAGAAUCUCCUACCCAGCCCACGCAGUCAAGAGAGCUGCUUCUAGUUUCACAGGAGAUAUUCUGUGAAAGCUUAGCAUUGGCCUGGAAUGCUUGACCUGUCUAUCUAUUAACAUGUCUGCAUCAUGGCUUCAAUUUUGCAGAGCGCAUUUUUGGUGUUUUGUAGCUGUUUGCAGAAAUCCUGUGUUACUCAGGUUCAGUUUCAAGCUAACUGGUCUUCCUCUGUGAGUUUCUUUCAUUUGUUUACUGUAUUGUCUUAAUGUACGAAAAUAGUAAGCAGGUUCAUGUUAGAAUCAUUUUUCAUAUAAAUAUAUUUGAAAGUACUGAGGAGUAGUAGAAUAUCAAAGGAAAACAUCUGUACCUGAUUCAUCACACUGAAAAAAGUCAAUCAAUUACCAAUUUAUGUUACUAUAUGAAGGAUUCAUCAUGUUUAAAUUUAGAUGUCUGCACCUGAUUGUUUCCCCUUAUAUUGGUUUUGUAGUCAGUAGAGAGAAACUGGCAACUUUUAAGAUUACCUAUUUCUAAGUUUUAAGGUAAAUCUGGCCUAUUUUUGUUGUGUAUUUUAGAACUGCAUCAUAGAAAUGCAUUCCUUCUCUUUCUCUCAUGGGCCAUUGAAUCAGCUGGUGCUGAGUAGUUCAGAUGUAAAUGCUUGCCUUCUGUUAGAUGAAUCACAUCUUGCUCCUCUGCUAGAAACUGCUGUUAUUUUCUGGCCAGUUUUGUGUAACUUUUUUGUGUAUUUUUCUUUCUUACCCUUCUUGCAGCCACAGUGCAGAUGGCAGGGAGGUAAGGAAAGAAAGUGAUGAAGUGAUACCGCUGCUACUCCAAAGGACCUGGAGCAUACAUUGCUUCGGGUCCUGCUGAGGGUGAGGGGAUACUGCUUCCCUUUCUUCCCCUCUACUCCACCUAACUUCACUUGUAAUGAAAUUUCAACAUAUCUUGUGCUAUUGAAAAUCAUACAUCAUAGAAAAAUAUUGUAUAGUCCUCCAAUAUACUCUCAUUGAUUUGUGUGAUUGCUAUGAUAGAUGAUUUCUUUUGUUUGUUUGAGGGUUUUUUCCUAGUAUAAAGAAACUUUGGGGACAUUAUGGUAACAACAGAUACGGUAUUCAUAAAGACUGUAAAAUAUGUGCAGCUCAUAUUAAGCAUUCAAAUAGAGCAGCAAAUAGCUCACAGUCUUGCCUGAGCUGUGUUCAGAACUGCAGGUGCAGAAUGAGGUGUGGGAAUACUAUUGCUAAUUUGCUUUUCAAAAAGAAAUUCAGGAAAGCCUUGCUUCUGUAGAGGGCACACAUAGUGACUUUCUCCAUCUCUCUCCUUCUUAUCACUGCCAUUUUUAGUGUUUUAUCUUAAGGAUUUUUCUUCUUGAACAAUGUAUCUUAUUUUUAAUUUUUCCAUGUACAGCUUUAAUAAAACUUGUCCACUUAAAUUAACAAAGAUACAGUUUAGUGUAAGAAGUUAUGAUUUUAAGUAGGAUGUUUUUGCCCAUUUGACAUUCAGUACAAUGCUAGUAAUAGGAAGUUUUACCUCCGGUUUCAUGUGCAUGUUCAUAUUAGUAGAAUAGUACUCAGUCAUUUGCAGCAGUGAAUUUUCUAGCUUAAAAUCCAGUGAACUGCUUGAUCAUACGCUUACUGUUAACCAUGUGAAAUCAGUGGAAUUUCAUGUUCAUGCUUAAGUGCUUUGAUAGACCACAUUUAUUAAGUACUUUACUUCUAUAACAACUACAUACAAUUUGCAAACUUUUUAAGAGAUUUUGCUUUAAAAUACAUUCUUAUUCACAGAGAGAUGGCACUUACUUAAUUCUAAAGUUUGUCAAUCAGUUCGUUUUUCCCUCAAUUCUCUUGUUGAUGGUCAUAUAAAGAAUAGAGAAUUAUUAAAUUAAGUGGUUUUGGGCAAAGGAGGGAGAGUUGACUGGCUGAUAGGCUUCUGUUUUUUUUGUCAGCAAAGAAGAGAACCUGCAGCAUUUUAAGAUAGUUUUGGCAAAUUGGAUAUUUCUUUAUCUAACUUCCAUGAUAAAAUCAUGCUCCUGUUCAACAGCUGCGUAAAGUACUAAAAAGGUUGUAACCAGAUGAUGUGGAAAAAAUGCUAGAAGACAGAUUGUGAUGACUUCUAAUGUAAGAAAUAAAAAUAUUUCAGUUGCUUGACAGUUACUCCUCCUAAUGUCUUUUCAGAGCAGUGCUUAUGCUUUUCCAGAGUCAGGUACAAGCUAUGUCUCACUUUGUGGCCCAGGCCAGCUCCACAGUAUUGUAUGGCACUUCCAGAAGUGCAUGGAUUAGGUGCUUUACCGUUGGCCGCGUAUCUCCAGAUUUGCUUAUGCCACUUUUACUAGAAAAGAGCCAUGUCUGCAUGCUGUCUUUUGUCCUGCCAACCUACUUUUUUUAGGCACAAUUCAGACAUCUUCACACUAACCAAUGUACUCCUCAACUUGGGAAUGUUUGGUGACGUAUACAUUCAUGUUCAGUUCCUCAUUAAAUAUACUGAAAUAUUAGGCAAAGAAAUGGAAAAGACUGAGGCUAGCUGGAGAAGGGAUCCAAUAAGGAGAUUAAUAAGAAUGGGUGGAGAGAGAAUACUGAGGGAGCUAGGAUGAGAGUGCUGAGACUGGCAGAAGUAGGAUGAGGAACUGAGACCAAGUGCAAAGAAGUUAGGAAUAUCAGGGCAGGUGAUCAGUUGGCAGGUAAAAAAAGAGAAGAUGUUUGGAAGUCAUGAGGGAAAUUUCAGAAAAAAAACAGCAAAUGCAGCAAAAGAUACUUUAAGAGCAAGAAGAAUGGGGCAUCUAGGACUAUCUGGGGAAACACUAGUAACAGUAAAGGAAGAUUGGGACACAGCUAUUUGAAAGCAGAGACUAACAGAUGAAUAAGGAUGUGAGGAAUGGUUAAGUUAAAGGGGGUGGUAUUGAGAUGAUGUUUAAGGGACAGUGAAGAGGUAGAAGGAAUAGUAGUUGUGGACAAGAGACCAGAAAGUCAUUGGCUGCAUAAUUUAAGCUCCCUGUAGAGAUGUGUUAAUGCAAAAUUGCAGAAGUUAUUCUCUAAAUCAUUCAAGAGAAGUGUUUUGUUGGCGAUAGUUUUGGGGGUUUAGUUUAGUUUGAAAAAUGUGCAAACACCAUCUGUUUUCCCUGCAUUAAUCAGCCUAGCAAAGAACAGAGAAAUGUAUUUUAUGCUUUGGCUUGAAAAUUUUCAUGAUGACUCUGCAAGACAUUUAAGCUCUGUAAGCUACUUCUAAAAGCAACUUGAACAGAAUAAACAGUUACAUUUAUUCUAUCAUGAAGCCACCUCUUUGAAAAAGCAAGAUAAAACCUAAGACUGCAGCUAUUCUGCUUAGCCCGUUAAUGACUCUUACUGUGUGAGAUGAAGAGAGUGCCCUGAUGGGCAUCGACUGUGGUGCUCGAACAAUGGGAUUGUUUUGAUGAAGGACAUGCUUGAGAAAUACGGUUUACUAUUGCAAACUCUAGUAAUUAAAGCAUCAAAGUUUAUGGAGGAAAGACUAUUCCAGAAAUAAUUGUCUUAUAUGAAAGUUAUGGUAAGAUGUGUGUUAUUUUAUUAAAAAAUUAGUUGCAAUUAA